AUGGCAAAUACCAUCCUUUUAGUACUCAUUUAUCUGCCUAUGACUGUCUUAUCAAUCCAUAUCCACUACUGUCCAUUGCAAUAUCAUCAAUGUUACAGCGUUUACUUUAGCACACCAAAUAACCCCCCAAAUGCGAGCGUUUGCUUCAUCAACAAACCUCUCCAAACAUUGCGAAAUUGGCAAUUUUCUAAACAUAAUCUUCUAUAUCAUCAUCUUCCAAUAGAAGCUGAAAAAAGAAAUUUCGUCAGGCAAGUCAAGAAUGCAAUAUUCUCAACAUGCUAUCCUACUCCUUUAAGUCAACCACCAAAGUUGGUAGCUGCAUCAAAAGAAGUCCUAGAAAAUGCAUUGGAUUUAAAAUAUAGUGACAGUCUAAUCCAAUCUAAAUAUUUUCUCGAUUUCUUUGCUGGCCAAGUUUUACCAAAUGGCUCAACACCAAUUUCUCAUCGAUAUGGCGGCCAUCAGUUUGGUCAUUGGGCUGGCCAACUUGGCGACGGAAGGGCUGUGAUGCUUGGCGAAUACAUUAGCAACGAAGGAAUUAGAUGGGCACUGCAGCUAAAGGGGUCGGGGAAAACACCUUACUCGAGAGAUGGAGAUGGUAGAGCUGUAUUAAGGUCAUCAAUUCGAGAAUAUUUGGUUAGUGAAGCAAUGUACCAUUUAGGUAUCCCAACGACAAGAGCUGCCAGUAUUGUCACAAGUGAUGAACCUAUAUGGCGUGAUCAAUUUUAUGAUGGACAUCCGCGAGCCGAAAAAGCUGGUAUCGUUCUCAGACUUGCACCUUCAUGGUUUCGAUUUGGAUCUAUAGAAAUACUCCAUUAUAAUCAAGAGUUUCAUUUACUAAAUAGACUUGUCGAUGUUAUUAUAAAUCUUCAUUAUCCGCAUUUAAGCGAUGACAAUCGGAAAUAUAUCAAAUUUUAUGCUGAAAUAAUCAAUACCACUGCUUCUUUAAUAGCUCAAUGGCAAUCUGUUGGUUUUACUCACGGCGUAUGUAAUACAGAUAACUUUAGCAUCCUUUCCUUAACUAUUGACUAUGGCCCGUUUGGAUUUCUGGAUGAAUAUAACGACGAUUUCAUAUCAAAUACAUCUGAUGAUGAUGGUAGAUACCGUUUUCGAUUUCAACCUAAUGUCGCUUAUUUCAACUUGGAUAAACUACGAAUCGCAUUAUCGUCGUUAAUAAGCGAAGUUGAUGGGCAAAAGGAGCUAUCCAACUACAAAAGGAUUUAUCGUCGUCAUUAUUUACAUAUCAUGAGAAAAAAAUUAGGUUUAAAAGGUAGCAAUAAAAAAGAUACCAAACUAAUCACUCAAAUGCUGAAGAUGAUGAAAAAUCAGAAAGCAGAUUUUACAAUGACCUUUCGUGAACUUAGUGAAAUUGAUAUACAAAGUAUUAACAAUGGCUUUCAAUCCGAAAACAUUCAAAAAUCGUGGAGUCUAUCAAAAGUUAUGAGAGAUAAUGAAUGGCCGAAAUGGAUACAAAAUUAUCUUGAGAGACUAAAUGUUACAAACUGGAAACUAUAUGACGAUCAAGAUAGACAACUCAGAAUGCAGGAAGUUAACCCUCGCUAUAUAUUGCGCAAUUACAUGGCUCAAAUAGCAAUUAAUAAAGCAAAUAUCGGGGAUUUUUCUGAAGUACGUAACCUUCAGAAUACCCUACUAAAUCCAUUUUCAAAGCAGAGAAAUGCUGAAAGACUUGGAUAUGCCGCUCCACCUCCAGUUUGGGCAUCUCAACUCCGAAUAAAGGCAACUGUAGAAUACAUACAGUUUAUACCAAUUAUCGUCAAUAAAUUAAUAUUUAAUGAAGUAAUUAGUAGUAGUAAUAGAACAGCGCAUAUCUAA